CACCGAGAGAGAGACGAGCAGAGGAGGCUGUGCCACUGACACGAGUGGAGGGACCCCGUGGUUAGUUUCCACCACCUCUCACUUCUCGCAGCUUAACCUGCACCGUUUUCUUUUUGGAGACCGAGACUCAGACACCGGGACUAUACCCACCUAUACCCGCACCUUUCUUGGGUUUUUGGGGGGACCCCUUUGAUUGAUCCGCGGAGGAGGAUUGUGGUGGCGGGGGGAAGAGAGGAGUUUUCACCGUCCCCCACCGUGCGGAGCAAGGGAGUUUUUUGUGCGUGUUUAUGUGUUUUACGCGCUUGCACUAAUGGGGAAAAGUGGACAGAGAAGUGGAAUAGGACGCGAGUGCUGCGGCUCGGCGAGGAUGUGCGCAGCCACGCCGGUGAUCCUGCUCCUCCUGGUGCUCGCACGGCCAGGAGCCGGACAAGUGAGAGACGACGACGACUUCUUGAGUCUGAGCGAGCUCCCAGAGACCUUCCCCUCCGACCCGCCAGAGCCCUUACCUCACUUCCUGUUUGAACCUGAGGAAGGCUACAUUGUCAAGAACAAGCCCGUCAAUCUUUACUGCAAAGCAACACCCGCCACACAGAUUUACUUCAAGUGCAACAGUGAGUGGGUCCAUCAGAAGGACCACACUGUGGAGGAGAGGGUGGACGAAAACUCAGGUCUGGUGGUGAGAGAAGCCAGUAUAGAAAUAACGCGGCAGCAAGUGGAAGAGCUGUUUGGUCCUGAAGAUUACUGGUGUCAAUGUGUGGCCUGGAGCUCUGCUGGAACCACCAAGAGUCGCAAAGCACAUGUCCGCAUCGCAUACUUGAAGAAGUCAUUUGAACAGGAACCCCUGGGUAAGGAAGUAUCUCUGGAGCAGGAGGUGCUGUUGCAGUGUCGUCCUCCGGAGGGCAUACCAGCUGCUGAGGUGGAGUGGUUGAAGAAUGAGGAGAUCAUUGACCCAGCAGAGGACAGAAACUUUUACAUCACCAUCGACCACAACCUGAUCAUCAAACAGGCGCGGCUGUCCGACACCGCCAACUACACGUGUGUGGCUAAGAACAUUGUGGCGAAAAGAAGAAGCACGACAGCCACCGUUAUUGUUUACGUGAACGGUGGUUGGUCGACCUGGACGGAGUGGUCAGUGUGUAACAGCCGUUGCGGUCGAGGUUUCCAGAAACGAACCAGGAGCUGCACUAAUCCCGCCCCUCUCAACGGCGGACUGCCCUGUGACGGACAGGCCAUCCAGAAACUGUCCUGCACCACACUGUGCACCGUGGACGGUGUGUGGACCGAAUGGAGUAAGUGGUCAGCCUGUGGGACAGAGUGUACCCAGUGGAGGAGAAGGGAGUGCAACAACCCAGCUCCUAAGAACGGAGGGAAGGACUGCGAGGGGCUCGUGCUCCAGUCUCAGAAUUGCACCGACGGACUCUGUAUGCAAAGUUCAUUGUUUCAGAAGUCCACUGAGUCCAAAGAAAAGAGUGAUUUGGGAAUCCCAUCUGCUCCGAGCACAGAUGAUGUGGCCCUGUACGUGGGCAUCGUCAUCGCAGUGAUCAUGUGUCUGGUCAUCUCUGUCAUCGUGGCGCUCUUUGUCUACCGCAAGACCCACCGUGACUUCGACUCUGUCAUCAUCGACACCUCAGCUCUCAAUGGAGGCUUCCAGUCGGUCAACAUCAAAACAGCCAGAUCAGCUGAUCUACUGACAGUUCCUCCCGACUUGACAAAUGCAGCGGCCAUGUAUCGUGGUCCCGUCUACGCCCUCCACGACGUUUCAGAUAAAAUCCCGAUGACCAACUCACCGCUCUUGGACCCUCUUCCGAACUUGAAAAUCAAAGUCUACAACUCGUCUGGUCUGGUCACACCGCAGGAUGACCUCGGAGGAGACUUCACGUCCAAACUGUCUCCCAAGGUCACUCAGUCUCUUUUGGAUCACAGUGACACUAUGAACCUCCGCAACCAGAGCUUAGCCCGAACACGAGACCCCUCCUGCACGGCUCACGGGUCCUUCAACAACCAGGGAGGACACCUCAUCGUGCCCAACUCUGGUGUGAGCUUGUUGGUUCCAGCGGGGGCCGUUCCUCAUGGUCGGGUGUACGAGAUGUAUGUGACUGUGCACAGGAAGGACAGCUUGAGACCUCCGGUAGAAGACAUCCAGACGGUGCUGAGCCCUGUGGUGAGUUGCGGGCCACCAGGAGCCCUGCUGACCAGACCGGUGAUCCUCACCAUACACCACUGCGCCGACGAUGUCCAGGAAGACUGGCUCAUACAGCUGAAGAAUCAACUGGCCAUGGGAGAAUGGGAGGAUGUGGUGGUGGUCGGAGAGGAAAACUUCACCACCCCCUGCUACGUGCAGAUGGACUCAGAGGCAUGUCACAUCUUAACAGAGACACUGGGGACUUACUGCCUGGUGGGCCAAUCAAUUGGCAAGGCGGCAGCCAAGAGGCUCAAACUGGCUGUUUUUGGACCCGUCUCGUGCACAACGCUGGACUAUCACAUCAGGGUGUACUGUCUGGACGACACACAGGAUGCACUCAAGGAGGUUCUUCAGAUGGAGACCCAGAUGGGAGGGAAGCUCCUGGACGAGCCAAAGACUCUGAACUUUAAAGACAGCACACACAACCUGAGACUGUCCAUCCACGAUGUGCCUCACACACAGUGGAAGAGCAAGCUCAUCGCAAAGUAUCAGGAGAUCCCAUUCUACCAGGUGUGGAGCGGCAGUCAGAGAACCCUUCACUGCACCUUCACCCUGGAGAGACUGAGCUCAGCCACCACAGAGAUCAGCUGCAAACUGUGUGUGCGGCAGGUGGAAGGAGAAGGACAGAUCUUUCAGCUCAGCAACACUCUGGAGGAGGAGCUCCAGUGCAUAGACACGUCCCUGAUGGACCCUGCCAGUAAUAUCACAACCUUAGUGGGGCCUAAUGCCUUCCGCAUUCCUUUAUCCAUCAGACAGAAGCUGUGCGGCAGUCUGGACGCACCGCAGACCAGAGGCAACGACUGGAGGAUGCUGGCCCACAAACUUAACCUUGCCAGGUACCUGAACUACUUUGCCACCAAGUCCAGUCCGACAGGUGUGAUCCUGGAUCUGUGGGAGGCCCAGCACUUCCCAGACGGAGACCUAAAUGAACUGGCUGCCGUGCUGGAGGAGAUGGGUCGCCAUGACGGCAACUUUGCCUCCAUGACAAUGGAACAUUGACAAAGCAAAGUGGUUGCCAAGACAGUGACAGAACGCUGAAGAAGAUUUACUUGUGAAUUCUCUACGGUUGAUGCUGCAGCAAGGGCAAUGGACGACUUUGACGUGAGCAAAAGGAAAAAGUUGUUGCCACGGUGACUGAGCACCAGUGAAAUACCACGGUAAUCAUGCUGACAUGGUAACAGACAGGAUGAAAGCAGGGCUGGAACUAUGUGCAAAUCUUUACAUUUGUGUUUGUGCAAUGUUGCAGCUUCAUGUGUGACCGAAGGAGAACCCGACCUACCACACACACACAGUCUAUCAGGAACAAACAAUACACACACACGCCUAAAAAAAAGACCUUGUCUUGUGUAACGCCAGUUGUUCUCUUGCUGUUAUUUUAUACUGAACAAAGACGAGCAGAGAAAAAAAAAAAAAUCAACUGAGGCACUGACCUUGAAAAAACCCUCUAUUGAAAGGAACAGAAUCAUGAAGAGAGAACUGAUUACAGAAGAUUGGGGGAAAGGUAGAUUGAGGUAAGAGAGAGAGUGAGUAAGAGACUCUUUAUUAAGAUGAGAGAAGCUAAACUGAUUACAAAAGGACAGGAAGAUGUAAACAUAGAAUGAUGGAGGGAGCAGCAGGUGAUCAUCAGAGAGAACAGGAAAAGAGAUAAUGAGAGAGGAGAUAAAGAAGUGAUCUGACUCCUCUCCUGUUGGCUGUACGUGUUUGCCAGUACAGUUUGUUGUCUUUAUAUCGUUUCCUAGGGAACGCUCUAUGUAUUCUGCUGUCCAUAUGUGUGGAUCAUUACCUGCAAACAGAAUUUGCUCCGCGGUGACGUGACUUGUCAAUCAAGGGUCCUGACCAGAAACAAGCCGGAGACACAGUUAAUUUAAAUUAAAUCAUCCAUGUUGGUAAAAGGCAGCACAGCUUGCUACUCUCUUGCCUUUUCACUUGUACAUCUAACUUUCAUAAAAAAGGAGUCAGUCCAAAGAUGAUUACACUCCUGAUGAAUGCAAGUAAAAGUUAUGUUUGCCAUUUUAUAAUUUUAGCUUUGUCACACGGUCAUAAAUUUGUCUGUUGUGAGGUUUAUUUUAGAUCACACUUGUAAAUGCAGCUAUUUAUUAUAUUUAUGAACAUUAUACUGCAGCACAGUAUACAGUCCACAAAUAUUUUUAUUUCAUUGUUAUUUUAUAUGUUUGUUUUUAAGGAGUCAGCAUUGACUACAUUUUACGAAUAUAUAUUAUUAUUUUUUUGUUCAAGAAAACUAGUUUUCCUGAACAAAAAUAAAUAAAUCUCUGCACUUCUUCUACUUCAUCAAAAUAAUUUAUAUAAACUGAAACAAUGAUCUUCUUGCUGCAUCUCAGACUAAAAUAGUAUUAACAUGCACUCUGCAGUGACACUGCUGAUGUGGAUGAGUUUGCUAAUGCAGGUCGGGGGAUUCCAGCCAUCGAUACCACAUUUGCUUAACUUUUACUCCCGGAGUCUGUCUGAUGAACUGUUGGGGCUCGUUUCUGGUCGGGAUCCAACUCAGAGGAAAAAGGGAGGAGAAGCAAAAAGGGACGAACCAGACACGUGUUUCUAAAUACAGUAAUAUAGCAUAGUAUUGUGGGAUAGUGAACCAAUCAUUCAUUACCGCUUAAUGUACCCAAAUAUACUGAUUUUAUCAUUUUCAUUCCCUUAAAAAUAUAUGUAUAGUCUACAUAUAUAUAUAUAUUUCCAGUGUCCUAUCAUCACAGAAUGUCAGUCUGCCAUCAGCACCACCAUGACUUUGCUGGUCACUAGCACCACCCAGUGGCCUUUGAGGAAAAACAAGCAUUUACUUUUCUUUUUUUUUGAUCGUCUGAAACGUGUAAAUACAUGAUUAUCAUGUUCAUCCUAAUGACCUUGUAUUACCAUAGUAUGUUUUUUUCUGUGAUUAUUAUGUUAUUUACAUUCAUUAUCCUUUUGUCAUUUUAAUGUGUUUUUUUAUAGAUGUGAACUGUGUGAGGGAAAAAUCUGUAACAUAUCAGUUAGUUGCUCUUUUUCUCAAAUGUUCUGUCAGCAACUAACAUUCCAAGUCAUUGUGUAUUUGUUUCAAUCAGAACUUAAAAAAUCUAAUAACGACAAAGGGGGGGCCUAUGUACAAUGGAGUGUAAUAUAUUUGUACUUUGCAGAACUACAUUGUGAACCAAGGCUGCCACUGACCCCGGACAAUAAUGCCUGAUGAAAAGGUGUCACUCCAGUAAAAAGGAAAAACAGCCUUAUCUCAGUGGCUUUUUAAUCAUCGUGUGAUGCCCCUGUGGACUUGAACUCUAUUCACCACGUUAAGGACGACGGGAACAUUUGGUUCAAAAGAAAUAUGUGUGAAAUGUUUCAGAAAAAGGGAGUUUAGAUAUUCUACGGAGAGACGCCAUAUGAAACUGAACAUCAGGUAUGUAGAGGAGAUACUGAGGAGGAUCUUGUGGAGAAAACCAAGUAGGUAGAGGAUCCAUUAACACUGGUGCAAAAGGUCAGAUCUUUACCUGGUUAUGACACAUUUCAUCCAUUCACGCCGGAGGAGGAAACCUUGAGACAUUGAUUUUUUUUUCUUUUUUCUUUCACAUCGAUUUUUCUUCCUUUGUUUAGUUGCUUAGAAAUGUGCUUGGAGGUAAGAAUCAGACUAGUUUUACCAGGCACAGUGUUGGGAUUGCGGACAGCCUCAUGAACCAAAUUAGAAAAAAGAGUGUGGUUAAAUAAUGGAGUGGAUGUUUUGUGUGUUUUCAAAUGUAACUGCUGAUGUUGUGGAAAUCAAAGGUAAGAGUUGUGUGAGUUUUAUGAGGAUAAAAAGCCUAAAAACAUCAACCCAUCAAUUCAAGUUUGUUUAGCAGCGAAAAAAAAAAAAACAUGAACCCAAAGGUAAUCGCAGUGUUGCUUUCAUCGUCAACAUCCCCGAUUAACUCGAAAGGCAGAAGUCACAGUCAUGAGAUCGAAUUUUUCACUGAGGAAACAUGUUCAAGGAAACGACCGAUUAAGGGAAGUUUGAUCUCUGCCGCAUUGAAAGAGUUUUCCCGUGAGAAGAGAAUGUGUGGGCCUCCUGAAGGUGAUCCACCAUGAUGUGAAAACUAAGAAAGUAGUGUUAAGAUAUCAAACUAUGUACAAAUAUUUUCUAUCCACAGUAUGUACAGUUGUGUACUGUCCGCUAUAUUUGGCAAACUUCAGAAUAUAAAAAAAGCAGUACAGUUAGAUACUAGUUUGUAUGUUUUUAUUUAAGUUUCUUUCCUUUUUUGUAAGAGUGUGUCUACUAUGCAAACUUGGCAUUGGUUAUCAUGAUAGAAGUCUAUAACUAGAGCUGUUCUUGUAAGUGCAUCUUUAUUUUACUAUCAGGAGUGAUUUUUUUAUUUGAUUAGUUUGGGGUAGUGUUGGUCCUUUUUAGCUAAUUCUGGCACGCUUCAUGAAUCUUGCUCAGUUUGCUGAAUGCUUGCCUCUCUAUCUCCUCAAAUUGUUUUCUGUACAAAGUGUAAGAAAGAAUUUU